AUGGGACGGCUAUCCAUUCGAGAAGUUGUCUUCCAAACAUUGCUAUGGAUGGCUGCCACACAAAACAUAUUUCUUAUCCACAGUGCAUUCCGCCCGGACUAUACGUACUAUCCAGAAGCAGGAGGCUGGUUCAAGAUCCAUAAGGUGCCGACUGACUGGAAUGAAGCUAGACUCAAAUGCUAUUUCGAAGGUGCAAAUCUGGCAUCCCCUAUCAACGAUAGAGUGUACGCUGCAAUGAGGAGUUUGAUGCUGGUGCAGUCCGGGCCUGCGUUCACUGGCGUCCACAUGUUGGAUGCUGUUGGAGAAUUUACUUCCAUCGAAGGAGUACAGCUACAACGAAUGCCUAUCCAGUGGGCGAAGGGGGAGCCCAAUAACUUGAACAAUGAAGAACGCAGCUUGGCAAUUCUCCCGGACGGGUCCUUCGCUGACGUGCAGAGCAAUAAGGUUCUCCCCUACAUAUGCUAUCGGAAACAGACUGGCAAUGAAAUAAUGUCCAAGGAGUGUGGAUCAUAUGCAGAGGGGUAUGAAUGGGAUCCCGUAUCGAACAGUUGCUACAAGUAUCACCAUGACUGCGUGAAGUGGCACCGCGCCAACAUGAUCUGCGCAGCGGAGGGCGCACACCUCCUCAUACUGAACAGCGAGCGGGAAGCGAAACUUAUUGUUGAUAGGUACGCGAAGAGGCCUAUCAACUGUAACCCUAACUCCGUGAACUUUGGAUCGACUUUUUUCCUCGUCGGCAUUCACAACAUCGACGUCGAACGCUCCUUCUGGUUCACAGUUGACGGUCAACGCAUCGAGGAUUCUGGUUACCAUCGUUGGGCGAGCGGCGAACCCAACAUUUUGUCGGAAAAGUGCGGAGCUUUCCGACGAGACAACUCCGGCCUUUUCGACAUACAGUGCGAAGAACGAGUGCCCUUCAUAUGCGAAAUCUCAGAUCCCAAAAAUGUGUUCGGGAGAAUUGAUAAUUGA